AGGAGUGGUGAACGCAACAUGUAACAUUUUUAACCCCUUUCAGGAGGCUAACGUCAUUGAAUUAAAUUUAUCGCGAUUUUUUUCUUCUCGUCAUUGUCUCUUGUUCUCAAGAGGCACGAAGUAAUGAAAUAAAUAUAUUACGUAAUACAUGAGAGCAAAAGUCACGAGUGUGGCUGCCCCACAGCGGUGGGGGAUCGAUCCGAGGUCGUUGUUUCAAACGCGGUGGGUUUUCCGAAUUCUGGGUUUUUAAGGGCUUCGAAAUUUGGAAAACACCAGGAAAAGGAAUAACGUCAUCGUUUUCUUCGAAGUCCGUCACGGACUUGGUCUGUGUCGUGUCCUGCUGAAGACCGGGUUGCUGCCGAGUACCUCGGUCGCAAGUUGUAACGCCGAGGGGACCUAUUUUGACCCACUAUCUAAUUUUUAUCAAGAUAGAUUUGACUACGUCAAAAUGGGUCGAAAUUUAUUUAGUUUUGAUAGGACAUUUUUGGAACAAGAGAUUAAAAGAGGUCCCGUUCCAACAGUGCAAAUUUACAAUAGUUCGAAAAUGUAUUUAUGAUAAUGUGUGGUCGACCCAUGCAGACCAUGGUGAGAUACAAACACUAAGAACACUCGUGGCAGAUAAGAACAAACAAUAGUAAUUGAUUUUCGAGGACCAGACAAAAAAAAAAAAAACCGCCAAAAUGCCCCCGCCACUGUCAAGGGUUACUGUGAUCGGAUAUGGCAUGGGCCAUUUGCUAAAUGAUCUUUGUUCUGCAUUAUGGUUCACAUACUCACUCAUAUUUUAUAGCUUAGUUAUUGGAUUUUCCAGUGUUUUUACUGGAGUUAUUAUGCUCAUUGGACAAAUCGCUGAUGCAUUAGCUACGCCAGCAAUUGGAAUAUGGUCAGAUCGUUCAUCACUAAUUUGUUUAAGUGCCCUUGGAAAACGGAAAUCUUGGUAUGCACUUGGAACACUACUUGUCUUAAUCUCGAUGCCAUUUAUAUAUUCCCCAUGUAUUGGUUUUGAAAAUAACAGUGUAUACUUUCAAUUGUUAUAUUACUCGUUUUUUGUUGUGAUAUUUCAAUUUGGUUGGGCCGCUGUUCAAACAGUUCAUCUUGCGCUGGUCACUGAUUUAACGUUCAUUAGCAGUGAGAGGACAAAUCUUUUAUCUCUUAGAAAUACAUUUACUGUUAUUUCAAAUAUUGCUGUCUAUAUCAUGGCGUUCAUAGUACUUAGAAUUAAUUCUAACUCGACUCUAAAUAAAAAUGAUGUUGGCCUCUUUCAGAUUGUGGUUGCCGCUGUAUUAGCACUCGGAGGGAUAUCAUCUUUCAUAUUUUUUUUUACUGUAAAGGAAACGAAUCAUGAACCCCUUAUUGAAGAUGAUGAAAGAAAUCAAGUAGCAAUAGAGCCACAAUCCCAUGGUUAUUGGCUUAAAAAAUGGCUACUGUAUCAUGUAGCUGCAGUAUACAUGGGCACAAGGAUUUAUUGCAAUGUUAUCCAAUCCUUCGUUCCAAUUUACUUACACGAGUCAUUAAAAUUGGACCCUUAUAUCAUUGCACUCGGCCCUCUUGUCAUGUACAUAUCAAGUUUUGUAUUUUCAUUGAUGUCUGGUGUCAUGAAUAUGUACCUAGGCAAAAAGAUAACAUUCACAGUUGGGGCAUUGCUAGGAUUAAGUGCAUCUAUAUGGAUUGUGUUUGACUCCAGUGAUUUUUUUAAGACAUAUUUGAUUUACUUUAUAACAGUUUUAUUAGGUGGAGGAAGUUCAAUAAUGCUGGUUACUGUCCUAGCAAUAGUAUCAGAUCUGAUUGGUUCAGAUACUGGAAACAGCGCUUUUAUAUAUGGAUUAAUGAGUUUCGUCGACAAACUUUCCUGCGGAAUUGUUAUAAUGCUAAUACAAACAUUUGCUCCUGGAAACAAUACAGUUUAUUACACUUAUACUUUGGCUCUUACUUGUACAAUUGCAUGCAUAUUUGCCGGUAUAAUGACCUGGUUUCUUCCGUCAGCAUUAGUGAAACCACAAGUUUUCGAGCAAAAAACUGAAAAUGAUGGCCCAUCCACCACAACAGAACUCCAGUCAAAAUCAAGUACACAAGAGGAACGUUAUUCAGCUGCCAGCAGUUAUCUUCAAAAAAAGGAAACAUCACUUAGUGGGAAAUAUUUAUUUACUUCUUAAUUCUGCCUCUUUUUUUGUCUUUUUCAUAUAAAACUAUAAUAGUAUGAUAUCCUGUCAAAUUGUUUAGAUGUUAGAUUAAUUAACAGUACAUAUUUGUCAACAUA